ACCUGCAUUUCCUCUGGUUGAUUCUAGUUUCUGGUGCUCCUCCGCCGCUGUCUCUAUUCUACAAACGAGUAUAGUAGAUACUUGAGAUAUUUUGAUUGAGAACAGAUGCCUCGCCAGUUCAAUAGGAGCCACAAGCUUCCUUCACAGAGGAGUAAACCUCGACCUCCUCCGCGCCCGCCAUCAGCAGCGUCCGCGGUUGCUAAUGGCAAGAAGAGCGCGAAACGGCGGAAAGUCGGAAGCAGCAAGAGCUCUGAUUCCUCCGCUGCUGCUGCUGAUUACGACCCGUUGCUGAAGCGCGAUGAAGACGAUAUUCUUUAUUAUUCGCGGAAGUUGAAGGCAAAGUCGGGGAAACUUCCUCGGAUGCCUGAAGACGAUGGACUUGACAGUAUAACUGAGGGUUUGGACUUGGGGUUUUUGGACGACAUGUUUGGCUCGGGAUCGAAGAAGAAAUCGAAACGUGCGUCGAAGCGGGCGGUGGAGAGUAGCGAGGACGAAGAUAGCGAGGUCGACGAAGAGGCUUCUGCUGAAGACGGAGAUAGUGAUGAAGAGAUUGAGGUUGAUCUUGACAGUGACAGUGAGGAGGAAGAAGACGAGGAUAGCAACGACGAGGAUGAUCUAGAAGAAGAUGACAGCGAAGCCGAGGCAGACGAAGCCGAUGAAGCUCAAGAUUCAGAGGCCGAGUCUGCAGCCGUGCAACCUGAAGUCAAGAAACGCGAAAAUCCGUACCUGCCGCCUGUUGCGGCGACUGCGAGCAAUGGGGGAAAAUAUAUCCCCCCUUCGCUUCGGAAGAAAAUGGAGGAAGCCUCAGGUCAAUCCGACGAAGCACGAGCGCUAAGGCGGCAGUGCCACGGUCUGCUCAACAGGCUGUCGGAGGCAAAUAUUGCUUCUAUUGCUGGAGAGUUUCAACAGCUAUACAUGCACAACGCGCGACAGAGCGUGACGUCGACUGUGACCUCGAUCUUACUCGAAAUGACCGCGCAAAAGUCGAUUCUCCACGACAACUUUGUGAUUGUGUACGGUGCGCUUGUCGCGGCGCUAUACAAGCAUGUCGGCACUGAUUUUGGAGCCUACUUUAUACAGACGCUGGUCGAGACGUUUGAUAGCCAUUUGAGCGACCCGGAUAAGGGAAAGGAGUGCUCUAAUUUGAUGGUCAUGCUCAGUCAGCUGUACACUUUCCAGGUGGUGGGAUGCAGCUUAAUCUACGAUUUUAUUCGGGUCUUCCUCAGUGAUAUCACCGAGCUGAACACCGAGCUUCUUUUGAAGUUAAUUACAAACGCGGGCUCGCAGCUACGCCACGACGAUCCAGCAGCUUUGAAAGAGAUCAUCAGUCUACUCCAGGGAGCAGUCAAGAAAAUCCCACCAGAGAACCUGAACUCACGCACCAAAUUCCUCAUCGAGACCGUGACCUCGUGGAAAAACAACCGUCUGACAAACACCUCAAAAAUCGCAAGCGAGUCAAUCACGCGCAUGCGCAAGUUUCUCGGCAACAUCCCCGGCAGCGCCGAAGCCCUCCGCGUGACGCUCGACGAUAUCCGGAACGUGGAAACCCGCGGGAAAUGGUGGUUGGUUGGCGCGGCGUGGUCCGGAGAUGGAACGGCUGGUGUGCGGGUUCGGGAUGUGGAUAUGGACGAUAAUGAUGUCGAUAUUAGUGCGGUGAAGGAUAUUCUGGAUACUGCGGAGCCGGACUGGCUGGCACUCGCGAGACAGCAGCGAAUGAACACUGAUAUCCGACGGGCGAUCUUCGUGGCGAUCAUGGGAAGCGAGGACUACGUUGACGCGAAUGAGCGGUUGAUGAGUUUGAAACUCAAGCGGGUGCAGGAGCGGGAGAUUCCGCGCGUGGUGUUGCACUGCUGCGGGAACGAGAAGGACUUUAACCCGUUCUACGCUUAUGUGUCGGCUGAGCUGUGCAAGCAGCAUUCUGUGAAAAAGACGUUCCAGUUCAGUCUAUGGGAUUACUUCAAGGAACUUGAUGGUGACAUGGACGAGGAGGAUGAUGAUAACGACUCAGACGACGAGGAUACAGAUUUGCGAUUUGUUGGACGCGGCGAAGUUGAUGAAAAGACGCGCCGGCGGAAAUCCAAGAACUUUUCAAAGUUCUUCGCCGUUCUGGUCGGCGAAGGACGGAUGGGUCUUGAAAUUUUCAAGAACGUCAAUUUCUUGACCAGCAGCGACGAGAUGAAUGAGUUCUUGCAGAUCUUUUUCCCCGCGCUGGUAAGUCAUAUCAAAGUCCGGACUGCGCGGCAGAAGGAUAGACUUGCGGGUGAGAAAGCGCUGGUGCAGCUUGUGGUGAAGAUCAAGGAUAAUACGGUGCUGAUGAAGGGUAUUGAGUAUUUUCUGAAGGCAAAGAUUGAGACGAAAAAGGUGUCGAAAAAGUCAGGGCAGGAAAAGACGGAUGAGACUAUCAAGUGGGGUGUAGGAAUCAUCUGCGAUUCUAUCGAGAGACUUGAGAGAUCAAAGGAGUUUUGAUUGCAUCAGGGUUUAGGCAAAUAGAACUCAUAACAGUUCUAAGCAUUUACAGUCUAGCAGGAAUAAGGAUUCUGUGGACUUCGAGAAAACUUCGAUCGCGACGUCGUCUCGUGAGGCAGUCCCCCGCAUUACGAU